AUGGUCAACUUAGGAUAUAUGAUGCUGCUAGUACUAGUGUUUGCUGUUUACGUUACUUGUGCACGUAAUGUCCCUGUAGAUUCAUCAUCAGAAGUUGUUCAUCAUCACAAAGCUACAACAAAGUCAACUGCACUAGGUGUGAAUGAUCAAAAGAACUUUGUCAAAUACGGUGGUAUUGGUGGCUAUGCAGGUAUUGGGGGUGCUCUAGGGGGUGUUGGCGCAGCUGGUGGAGUAGGUGGCGUUGGGGGUGUUGGUGGUAUCGGGGGUAUUGGUGGUGCAGGCUUAGGUGGUGCAACUGGACUUGGUGGCUUGGGUGGUGGUAGUGGUCUCGGUGGUGGCAGUGGACUUGGUGGUUUGGGUGGUGGUAGUGGUCUCGGCGGUGGCAGUGGACUUGGUGGUUUGGGUGGUGGUAGUGGUCUCGGCGGUGGCAGUGGUCUUGGUGGGCUAGGCGGUUUGGGAGGUGGAAGUGGUCUUGGUGGUUUAGGUAGCGGAAGUGGUCUUGGUGGACUUGGUAGCGGAAGUGGUCUUGGUGGACUUGGUGGUUUAGUUGGUGGAAGUGGUCUUGGUGGUUUGGGUGGUGCUGAAGGUGGUGCAGGUGCUGGUGGUGGUGCAGGAUGUGCAGAUGCUAGUGGUCUCCAUCCUCUACCAUAA